AACAAUGCUUCGUACUUCUACUUGAAUAUUUUAAAUAUAACUAUUAUAGUUUUUGUUGAGUAUUGUGUAGUAUUAGAAUUUAAUUAUUAACUUUGUUUGCCGAAGACUUUUUUUAAAUAUUAAAUGUGGCUUUGGGGGAUGUUGUGAACUAAAAUUUUAAUUUCUGUGUCGGGCUUUUUUUGAUGACCAAAGAUGAGUUCUCCGGACUUUUUACUGAUAGAAAGACUUCGAAAAGAAAACGUGGACCAAUUUUUUACUUUAGUGCGCAUGCAUUUAUCUUUUGUUGUAGACAUAAAUACUGACGAUGUUGAUAGUUCAACAGACAAACCAAAGCAAUUCCGAUGGAAUUUUCACAAGAAAGCAAAGAAUUCCUGUUCAAAUUCUAGUCAAAAUAAUGUUAAUAAUACAAAGAACAAUGCAGAAACAAAUUCUAUAAAUGAAGAUGGAAUUCUGCGGCUUAACGAACUUAUAGAUUUUCUAUCACAGCCUGAGAAUGUAACUCAAGAAGGCAUUUUCCGUCGCACGGGUUCUCUAUCCCGGCAACAAGAGCUCAGGCAACUCCUCCUGAUGGGCUCCAACCUUGGUUUGGAAGACAGCCGUUUCUCGGUCCACGACUGUGCUUCGGUUCUGAAAGGUUUCCUGGCUGAGCUACCUCAACCAUUGCUUAUGGACCAAUAUUACCAGACCUACUGUACUUUAGCUGCCCAAUACCCACCGAACGCAGAAUCGUCAGAGACCAAACUGCUGACAGCUCUUCAACUUCUAUUACUGCUGCUAACACCUUCACACCGGAGUUUCUUACAACGGUUGCUGACGUUACUGCGACUGGUGGCGGACAAUGAGGCCUCUAACCGGAUGUCGCCUGACACGCUUGCUACUAUGUUCACUCCGCAUCUGUUGUGCCCGAGGAAGUUAUCACCAGAAGCGUUCCACACGGAGUCGGUAGCCCUGGCCCCGGUGAUCAGCUUCAUGAUCAAGCAGUCGGCGCGAGUGUUCGCGGCGCCUUCGCAACUAGCCACCGACGCGGCCGCGUACUUCACACAGAGGGACCGCAAACGCUGCCAGUCGCCUGACCCCGACGAGAGUAUCACUGACAAGACCGCAGCGAACACAGUAUACACAUUCGUGGACCGGCACCGCACGCGGGCCGAGAACGAGAGCAACCCAACGGACACGGCGCUUGCGCAGCUCUACGCGCACAUACAGGCGCUGCCUGACUCGCAGCACAAGCGACGACUCAUCAAGCAUUUCAACAGGCAGAAUGGAUACGGAACCCCAAUACAAAUCCAAAGGACGGGUAAGGUGGCCGGGUCGCGUAGUUUCGGAGACUCCAUAAAGAGGCAUAUUUUCAACAAAGGUUUACUCAAUAAAACACCAAAGAAGGGAUCUGGAUCCAAUAUAAAUACUGUCGAGGAGAAAUCAACCAAAGGAAAGUUACAAUUCUCUGAUAGCAAAGUUGACGUGUCCCAUAAGAACAUAGUAUUGAAAAAUUUGGCGAACAAAAUAGCUAGUUCCGAAUCCUUGGGCGAUAAUGACGAUUACGAGUCAGAUGCUAGCAAUGAGAGUACUUUAUCUGAAGGAGCAUUGAACAAGUCAAGGAAAUUGAGUCCUAAGUUCGUUUCGGAACCGAAUUUGAGCGUACUUGAAGCCGAAGAGACUCCUAAGAACACGAAGAAACGGACAAGGUUGUUUCGUUCCAAAAUUAUGUCUGCUCAGAAUGUCAAUAAGAAAUACCAGAAGAGAUCAGGAGUUAUACGUGGGACGCCUACUUCGUGCGUAUCGUGUUUCGACGAGCCUGAUACGGGGUCUGACCUGUCUAUCCCGUGUGAUGAUAAGCCUUUAGGUGAUACUCCGAGGAAGGCUAGAGACCAAGAGAUAGAGUUCAAAAUGCAGUAUUUAACGAGCACGCCAGGAAUGUCGGAGGUGUUCGAUGAAGAAUGUUCCACGCCUUAUACGAUGACGUUCAAAAGAGCCUCUAUGUCGCCCAUAACUAAAUCUACGCAGAAACUAUCGAAAGCCAUGCAGGAAUCAAUUAUGACUCCGCGCUCACGUAAACCGCUUAUCAUCACAUCGGAACAACGCGACAGUCUGCCGGAGACAAAAGACAAGUCACCGGUUGAAAGUGAGGACAUCUACCAGUCACUGUCACCGAGGAACGACAGUGACUUUGUGUCGUCUGACGACGACUUGAUGUCGCGAUCCACGUUCUCCUGUGAAAGAUCAAAUCUCUCAGCGAACACCUCACUACCUCGUACGAAAGCCGCUUACGACGCCCGUUCUAUCUCCAACGCUGACGUCAGCCCUCUACGGUCUACGAACACGCGCUUCGUAACCAGCCACGAAAGACCCCUUAUCGAGGACCUAAACACGACUUUAUGCGGCACCGAACUGAUACCAAAAUUCAAAAUAUCCCACGAAGUCACGGACCCCAAAACUCGAUCUCUGUCGGAGCCGUUUAGAGAGUAUUUAUUGAGUCGAUCAGUUUUGACUGCUACGCCCAUAGACCUCUCCAUAUUGAAUAAAUCCGGGGAUACCGAAGAAAAAUUGACCGAUUCUCUAAUGUACUGUUUGGAUGGAAACGUGCCAUCAGAUCUCACUUCUUCAAUAGGUAAUCUAGCCGUCGAUAAAGACCCGGAUAUAUCUAAACGUUCACCUUUGAAAAGUAUAAGUAAUUAUGUAAAUAUAGAAAGUAGUCCCAAUAGGAAACGUUGCGCAUCACUCUCAAAAGAUGCUUCAGUGACGGAAAACAAAAAGUUGUUGGUCGAGAAGGAAAAUUCGGAUGAAGCCGUAUUUGAAAUACGAGAAACUGAUCUCUAGAACGUUAGUGAUAAUCCCUUCGGUAACUUCCGUUCUAUGGAAGUGUGACCUCAUGGAACUGUUAAAACUUUUUGCCCUAGUAUUUAUAGAAAUAUAUUUUUUUUUUACAAAAGGUUACGCACAAUUUUCAGGAAAUAAUAAAACAAAUAAAAAUGAUCGUCGUAAUUAUAACGUCGUCGUCGCGCCUUAUUGUAAAAUUUCCAUAUUUAAGAAAAACCUCGCAACAGGUGAAAAAUAAAAGGGCCUAACUCAGCCCAAGCAGAGGUAUUCUGUGGACCUUGAAAUUCGAUUU